AUGUUGAACAUGCUUGGUAAAAACGCUGACCCAACAUUCCCAAAAUCUCAGAAGUUGGUGUUUCAUUGUCACGGCGGCGGAUUUGUUGCAACUUCUUCAAAGACUCAUGAGACUUACCUCAAGUACUGGGCGAAGGAACUGGACUGUCCUAUCGUAUCGGUCGACUACUCACUUGCUCCUGAAAACCCGUUUCCUCGUGCUUUUAGCGAAGUUGUGUAUGCCUACGCUUGGUGCUUGACUCAUCAAGAUUUUCUAGGCUGGACUGGUGAAAGCAUCUGUUUCGCCGGUGAGUCCGCCGGUGGUACGCUGGUCGCUUCUCUUUGUUUGAAAAUAAUCGAACUAAACCUACCUCUGCUGCCUGACGGUCUUGUUAUGGUAUAUACACCAUACUUGCUGAAGUAUGCACCAUCUCCUUCGAGGCUGCUUUCGCUUAUCGACCCCCUGUUAUCUAGCAACGUCAUGGCGAACCUUGUGGACGCCUACGUACCGUCCGCUGAGCAGUCACUUAGAGACGAAGAUUGUUGUGAUUACACCGCGGUAUUAAAGACCACUAAACUACUAACGGAUACCAAUAAAUCGAAAAGGCUGACUCUCGUAGACUAUUUCAACAACGUCUGCAAGCAGAGGUGGUCGUCAUCAAACGGGCGCAAUGUCGAGUUCGUCUUGGACGACGAAUCAGACCGAGUCGUGAAUUUGGUGCACUUCAACAAUAUCGUGCCGGACCAAAUGUCACCGGAAGCUAGUGUAACUAAAGGCAUUGCUGAUAAAACAACCUCGACAUUCUCCAACGACCCUCUCGCUAAAACUUAUUCGCUGAUGGACGACGAGGAGAGGAGGUCUGCUAACAGCACCGAGUUCAUGAUCGUCAAUGUGCCAGAAAAUGCGCGGACGAUCGCCGUCACUCCUGGAGCCUACGACGAAGAGUUUCUCGACUACCUUGUAGCAAAUUUGCACUCUUUGCCGCACCCAUUCACUAGCUCCAGGGAAGUCGUCCCCGUAGGCAUCAGCCAAGCGUCGCCUGAACAUGCUGUCACGUCUGCCCGUCCACAUACCUUUAAGUGA